AUGGAAAUCAAACCCACAUGGCGAUCUUCUCUUGUGCUAAUAUGGCUACUUGCUGCAGAACAAGUGAAGCCGGCCCCCACAGCUGCAAAGCUAGUGCCUGCUGUUUUGAAAACUCAGUAUCCACCAGCUGAAGCUAGAGUAACUGCUCCUCAAACACACGGUUUUUACCCGACGAGCCUCGAACGUGAAGGCCAUUUACUGCAAAAGCCUACGAAGGGUCCUCUGAAAGGAGACCUUGGAUUGGAUAACCUUCUCGGCGUCUUAGAACACCCAGACACGUUGCUUGGCUGGCUUCUCCCAGGAACGGGCGCAAGCACAGCAGAACCUGAAGGGCCUGUCAACGUCCCAGAAACAACAUCCGCCGCUUUGCCAACUUCCGAAGAUACCCAGCCGCAUACAACUCCGGCGGCGAUUCCAACCUCAGCGACUCCGAUAACGCCUACGUCAACUCCGAGACCAGACAGCAGCCCGGAGCAAGUUCCGACGAGUGAGCCUUCUAUCUCAGCUGCAAAACCAGAACCCAGUUCAAGUAGUCAACCAUCUGUUCAGAGUCCAGUCCCAACAAGCUCAAGCUCAAGCGCCAGUUUCAGUCAUCCAAGUCAAUCUGAACAGUCUUCGACCCCGGACGCAUCGACCCCGGACGCAUCGACUCCGGACGCAUCGACUCCGGACGCAUCGACUCCGGACAUAUCUACUCCGGCAGUAUCAACUUCCGCAGCACCAACUUCUGCAGCAUCCUCGUCCCCGUCAUCCACACCAAAAUCAUCUCCAUCUAUACAAGGCCCCGCUACCCCCAUGGCUGGCAAUCAGGAUGUUUUCUUACCGGUGGCCACUGGUCCUGUUCCCAGCACGAUCAAGUCGAGGAAUGACCAUCCUGUUCCUAGAAAGGGAAUUGUGAACUCGACGGUUCCUAUUGAAACGAAUAAGUUCUACAGUGGGCUGUUUUUAGGAACUCAAACCAACGCGACAUUUACCCAUCCAUAUGUGGUGGCCUGGUCGAAAGGAACUGGAAACUUGCAAAGCUAUGGCAUGGCAGUCUCUCAUGUGGAGAGUAACGUGAUGGCAUUGGGCCCGACCAAUGCCCACAUCCCCGGCAACCCAGUCUCGUAUUAUGUGAACCCGAUUGGAAUUCAGUCGAUUAUUUUAUCAGCGUCGGAGUUGAACGCAUCGACAGUUCUGACAACGGAGAACCCAUUGCCAUUCUCAGCCAAUGCGGUCUUGCGCCCACAAAGUGGAUCGGCCCAAAGCAUCACUGUUCCCGUCGUGCAGGGUAUGGGGUUCGUGACUGGAAUCUACUCGGGACUCCAGCCAGUGAUCCAAAGUGGCGUUCAUUUCGAUAAGGUUGUAUCCGCCGGGUCACCGAAAUCUGGCAUCUAUAAAUAUACCGCGACCUUGGCCGACCAAGCAACAUGGCUUAUCUAUGUCACUCCGCAGGACGGAAGAGACCCCGAUUUCCGUUUGGAAUCAAGCACUAGCCUGCGCGGACCUGCUGGAUGGUCUGGUACAAUCCAAGUAGCCAAGAACCCCGCGGGUGCAUCUGGGGAAAAGUUCUUUGACAACUCGUCCGGUGUCUACGCCUUGGAGGGCGCAGUAUCCGGGGCCGUUUCAGACAAAACCGGCACCUAUAACCUGGCCUGGGCCAAGGCUGGCAAGGAUGUCCAGAGCACCCCCUUGUUGAUGUUUGCUUUGCCGCAUCACAUCGAAUCGUUUGACAGUACCACCAAAGGGCGAAUGACGAACAUUACCAUGCGUACCACAACGAAGGGCCAGGCCACAGCGGUGAUCGGAGAGAUCUGGACCAUGACCGAACCCGACCUUCCCGUUGGAAUGGGCUUUGCCCCUUGGUCCGCCUCCAAGGGUAGUGUUGACAAGCUCUCUGCGGCUGCCCAGAAAGCCAUUUUGGAUGCGGCACCGACCGAGCUGAAACAAGACGUUGGCAAAGAAAGCGAUUUAAACAGUAUGUACUUCAGCGGCAAAGCGCUUAGCAAGUUUGCCAUUCUUGUGUAUACCGUGAACAAGCUGGGUGGUAACCCGCAGCUUGCGGACUCGGCCUUUAAGGCGCUCAAGGACGCCUUUGCUCGGUUUGUGAGCAACAAACAGCAAUAUCCUCUAGUCUAUGACAACGUCUGGAAAGGCGUGGUUUCCUCGGCCAGCUACGACGGAGGCGAUUCAGGCGCGGAUUUCGGAAACACGUUGUACAACGAUCACCAUUUUCAUUACGGAUACUUCAUCCACGCUGCCGCAAUCAUUGGGACGCUUGAUUCAACUUGGCUCCCUGCGAACAAAGAGUGGGUCAACGUGCUGGUCCGAGAUGCCGGAAACGCCGCGGCAAAUGAUGCUUAUUUCCCAUUCUCCCGUGGAUUUGACUGGUUCCACGGCCACUCCUGGGCCAAAGGUCUAUUCGAGUCCUUCGACGGCAAGGACGAAGAGUCGACAUCGGAAGACGCCAUGUUCGCCUAUUCCCUCAAGGUUUGGGGCAAGACCAUCGGGGAUGCGAGUAUGGAGGCGAGAGGUAAUCUCAUGCUCGGCAUCCUUCGUCGAACGCUCCACAACUAUUUCCUGUUGGAAAGCGACAACAAAAACCACCCCGAAAGCUUUAUUGGAAACAAGGUCACAGGCAUUCUAUUCGAAAACAAGGUUGACCACACCACCUACUUUGGCGCCAAUCUCGAAUAUAUUCAAGGGAUACAUAUGCUUCCUCUUCUACCAUCGUCCGCGUAUGUCCGACGCCAGAAGUUCGUUCAGGAGGAGUGGGAUGCGAUGUUCGCCAGCACCGCCAGCACGCCUGCCGAGAAGGUGCAGGCGGGAUGGAAGGGAGUUUUGUACGCGAACCUCGCCCUGAUCGACCCGGCAGCGUCGUGGAAUUUCUUCGCCGACUCCAACUUCGAUUACGGCUGGAUUGAUGGGGGAGCUACUCGGACAUGGUAUUUGGCUUACGCCGCAGGACUCGGCGGGGCAUGA